AAGAAUAACUCAUUGAUCAGUCUCCAACAAGCCAUAACGUUAGAGAGUUGGUCUUGUAAAUCUCACACAGAAGUUAUUUGGAGAAAACGUGCGCGUUACUCCGUAAACGUAAAUUUCUUGUUUUUUCACUUCACACGAACAAACAGGGCAGCUGCAAUGUGGAUUCAAGUGCGCACGAUGGAUGGGAAGGAAACCCACCGGGUGGAUUCCCUGUCCAAACUCACCAAGGUGGAUGAGCUGCGUCUCAAAAUCACGGAGCUCUUCAAGGUGGAGCCAGAGAAGCAGAGGCUUUUCUACCGUGGCAAGCAGAUGGAGGACGGUCAUACCAUAUUUGACUACAACGUGGGUCUAAAUGACAUAGUGCAGCUGCUUGUUAGACAGAUUCCAACUGUUGAAGUCGCCAAAAGCAAGGACAAAGAAGCCGAGCUCUCCGACUCUGAUUCUGGCUGUGGCUCAACCCAGAGUGAGUCUGACAAGAGCUCAACUCACGGUGAGGUAGAGGUUCAGACCGCCAGCACCUCUGCCCAGACAAACACCACAGAGCUCAUCGACCCGGGCUUCGGAUUUUACAAGACCAAUGAGUUGGUGGAUGCAAGGGACUUGAACAUGGGUGCCUGGUUUGAGGCCCAGAUCGUGAAUGUUACUAAGACAACAAAGACGCCUAAAGAAGAGGCUGCUGAGGCACAGCCAGCAGAGGACGAGAUACUGUACCAUGUUAAAUACGAAGACUACCCAGAGAACGGGGUGAUUCAGUUGCUGGCUAAGGAUGUUCGCCCGCGGGCCCGUACGGUGUACCAGUGGCACCAACUGGAGGCAGGUAUGGUUGUUAUGGUCAACUACAACCCAGACGACCCCAAGGAGCGUGGCUACUGGUACGACGCCGAGAUCCAGAGGAAGAGGGAGACGCGCACCGUGCGAGAGAUCUACGCCAAGAUUAUCCUUGGUGAUGCUGGUGACUCUCUUAAUGAUUGCCGGAUCAUGUUCCUGACUGAAAUCUACAAAAUCGAAGAGCCUGGUUCUCUGGGUGACACCCCAGCUGGAUCUGAGAGUCCAUUGAAAAGAUCAAAUGGGCCUGAGUGCAAGCACUGUAAGGAUGAUCCCAAGAAAAAAUGUCAGUGGUGCAACUGCCAUAUCUGUGGCAUCAAGCAGGACCCUGACAAACAGUUGCUGUGUGACGAAUGUGACAUGGCCUAUCACAUUUACUGCCUGAACCCUCCGCUCACUUCCAUCCCGGACGACGAGGACUGGUAUUGCCCAGGUUGCCGUACUGACGCCAGUGAAGUUGUGUUGGCCGGAGAGAAGCUGAAGGAGAGCAAGAAGAAAGCCAAGAUGGCUUCUGCUAGCUCCUCCAGCCAGAGGGACUGGGGCAAGGGAAUGGCCUGUGUUGGUCGAACCAAGCAGUGCACCAUCGUCCCGUCCAACCACUACGGCCCAAUCCCCAGCAUUCCCGUCGGGUCCCUGUGGAAGUUUAGAGUGCAGGUCAGUGAAUCUGGUGUCCACAGGCCUCAUGUAGCUGGGAUUCACGGCAGGAGUAAUGAUGGUGCCUACUCUCUGGUCCUGGCAGGAGGAUAUGAGGAUGACGUGGAUGAUGGUAAUGAGUUCACUUACACUGGCUCUGGAGGGCGAGAUCUUUCUGGAAACAAGAGGACUGCUGAGCAGUCGUGUGAUCAGACACUUACCCACAUGAACCGGGCGGUGGCUCUCAACUGCAACAUCCCCGUCAACGACAAAAACGGAGCGGAGGCCAAGAACUGGAAGGAAGGCAAACCAGUUAGAGUUGUGCGCAGCUGCAAGGGUCGCAAGCACAGUAAAUACUCCCCCGAGGAAGGAAACCGAUAUGAUGGCAUAUAUAAGGUGGUGAAGUACUGGCCAGCCAAGGGCAAGUCUGGUUUCUUGGUUUGGCGGUAUCUGCUGAGGCGUGAUGAUGAUGAGCCGGCACCAUGGACCAGAGAGGGCAAGGAACGCAUCAAGAAGCUCGGUCUCACCAUGCAGUAUCCUGCUGGCUAUCAGAAGGAGAAAGAGAACAAAAAUGAAGUGGAGGAGGAGGAGGCGACACCGAGCAAGGCAAAGAGGAAGAGAAAAUCUCAGGGCAGCGAUUCCUCCAAGACCUCACCAGCCAAGACUCCUAAGAAAAUAAAGGUAGAAGUGUACAAGCUUACCCAGGGGCAGAAAGCCCUCAUCAAGAAUGACAAGCCAAACAAGAAGCUGUGGGAUGAAGCCAUGGAGUCGCUCUCACUUGGACCGAAAUUCUUAAACAAAGUUGAAGAAGUUUUCCUCUGCAUUUGCUGCCAAGAAGUGGUCUAUCAGCCCAUCACCACAGAGUGCCAACACAAUGUCUGCAGGGAAUGCCUUCAGCGGUCCUUCCGGGCAGAUGUGUACACCUGCCCGGCCUGCAGGCACGACCUGGGCAAAAACUACUCCAUGACCGUCAACCAAUCCCUGCAGGAUAUUCUAAAUCAGUUUUUCCCAGGGUACAGCAGUGGGCGAUGAUCAUUGGUUCUGCCUACUCAGCCCUGAAGGAAACGCAAUGUAAACUGUAAGGGGAAUUUUCAGUAGAGGCAAUAAAGAAUCAAUUUCUCUUAAUAUA